GAGGGGGAGAACGUGGGGAAGAAGAAGAGGAAGAGGCGCGCGUACGAGAAGGAGGUGCAGGAGCUGAAGGCUGGCUCGCCGAAGGUUCCCGCCGCGGUCGGCGACAGGCGGCCAGAGAGCAACCUGCCGCCGGCGAAGUCCAUCUUCGAGGCCUCCGAGCGCCGCGAGGGGAACGCUGGCGCCCGGACGGGGCUGCUCCUGGGCAUGCCGACGCCGGCCUUCGUGGUGCUGACUAGCCGCGGGAUGCCGCUGCACCUGCGGCCGCAGGCGCUGGCCGAGCUGCUGCCCGAUACCCAGCUCUUCGAGCUGUGCGUGGGCGACGCCCUGCCUCGGCAGGAGUCGGUCGCGGGCUGCCCCGGCGGGCCGGAGGGCGGCUGCAGGGCCUUCUGGCCCUACCUGGAGGGCCACCGGUCGUACUGCGCGUUCCGCAACGCGAGGCUGCCGAUGUCCAUCCACGGGGGCGACUCGCUGUGCAGCGUGGAGACGACGGGGGGGCGGCGGAAGGUGGGGCCCAAGGAGCUACUCGGCGUCCAGCGCGCGAUGCGCAUGGACAUCGUGGCCGCGCCGGGGGAGGACGUGCCCCUGGAGGUCACCGCGCUGCGCCGGCUGAGCCGCGCGGUGGUUCGCGCGGGCGACUGGCUCAAGGAGAUACUGGAGGCCAAGGCGGCCGAGCCAGGGCUCGGCUUCGAUUGGCACGUGCUCGCCAGCAUCCAAGGCGGCGGCAACACCAAGCUGCGCCAGAAGGCGUGCCAGGACGCUGCCAGCAUGCCCGUCGCCGGAGUCUGGAUCGGCGGCCUGGGCUACGACGAGAGCCUGGCGGCGCGCGCCAGGGUGCUCGAGACGUGCGCUGGGGCGCUGCCGCCGGCCCUGCCGCGCUUCCUGCCGCUGAACGCGGGCUCGCCCGUGGAGGUGCUGCAGGCCGUGCUUAUGGGCGUGGACGUCUUCGAGAUGGCGUACCCGAUGCAGCUCGCGUCCCAGGGCGUCGCCCUGCUGUUCUCCUGCGACAUGCCCGCGGCCGGGGCCGACGCGGUCGGCGCGGAGGCGGAGGCCGAGGCGCUGAGGUGCUUGCUGCCGCAGCCCGAGGAGAAGGAGCCCGCCCAACCCCCCGCGGCCGUGAAGCAGCUGCAUCUCCGCGCGCCCGAGCUGAAGGAGGACUUCGGGCCCAUCAGUGAGGACUCGCCGGUGCGGCAAUACUCGCGGGCCUACCUUUAUCACCUCAUGGAGGUGCGGGAGCUCCUAGGGACCAUGCUGCUGGCCCAGCACAACCUCCACAGGUACAACGCCCUCUUCAACGCGAUCCGCGCCCACACGAACCAAGGCACCCUCGGCCGCUUCGCGGCGUGGUUUCUGCGCACCCAGACCUGCGACGACGUGCCCGCUGUCCCGCAAGACGGCCUGAGGAAGAGGAGCAGGAAAUGCUGA